UACCGCUGAGAAACCUUUCAAAUGCUCAAGGUAAGCAUCUAUCUCCUAAUUGCGGUCGUUCCUUCUCUGUCGUGUCAAACUUGAGGCGACAUUUCAAGGUGCAUCAAAAACAGUCUAAUAAGAACAAACUCUCAUUAGAAGACAGACUUCGCUGUGUUCGUCAGUUGAUGGAAAGAAGUGAUGCUAUUCUCUCGGGUCGACAGCCAUCCAACAUGGCAUUGGAUAAGCUGAAGCCAUUAUCACCUGCUCUGACAGAUCGGCAACCAUUGUUAUACACUCACUAUCAGCAACAACAACAACAACAACAACGAACACCUUCACCUUCGCCACCUCCUCUCCAACAACCACCACCACCACAACAACAACAACAACAAUGUACUGGUUACUGGUCCUACUCUACCACUACGGUUCUUCCUACUCCUUGUCUACAGCAAACGCAGCAAAAACAACUAGCUCCCUUCCUUUUACCCGCCAUUGAACCAACCCAAAUUGAUAAAGAUCUGCCGUCAUUGUUUGCUUUCCAAACGACUACUCCAUCCUCCAAUGAAGGUUUAUUUUUAAACUCUAUGCUUAAGCUACCAUUCUCUGGACCCAAUAUGAACAUGAAUCUGAACACUCAUAUUACUAAUAACAACAGCAACAACAACAACAACAACAGUCACGAUCAAUAUACCCAUUCUGCUGGUGUUCUUACUCCUUAUUCUGACUCUUCAGUGCUUAUUUCGGUGGGCAAGUCAGAUCCUUCUUACUUUGACUAUAACCUUUAUUGCUAAACAAUAAUUCAUAAAUGUAGACUCAUACAUUCUGCAACAGGAAAUCUCCGUAUUUAUAUACAUCGUUUCUUUUCGCUACGGUUUAAAGAUAUUAACUUUAUUAUAUGCAGUUA